ACAAAACAAAAACAAACAAGGCAGAACCAACCUCUACUUCAAACCAGCCGGCACAAGCCCAUCCGUGUCUGCCACCCAGAGAGGGGGGUCUCUGGCCCGUGGUGGAGGAGUUGCAGGGGGGAUCAUCAGGGGGACAGAGGCCGAGUGACGUCCUAGGAGCCACCGGGCAAGAGGCGGAGGAGACCCAGAGAGGCGAGAGAGACCGCGGGCCCCCGCGCGCGGCUCGGGGCUGGGGCGCCAGAAGUGGGACUGGAGCAAAGUAGAGCGAUGCCAAGACGGAAACAGCAGGCACCCAAGCGGGCGGCAGGCUAUGCCCAGGAGGAACAGCUGAAGGAAGAGGAGGAAAUAAAAGAGGAAGAGCAAGAGGAGGACGACAGUGGCUCCAUCGCUCAGCUCCAGGGCAGCAAUGACACAGGGACAGACGAGGAGCUGGAAACGGGCCCAGAGCAGAAAGGCUGCUUCAGCUACCAGAACUCGCCAGGAAGUCACUUGUCCAAUCAGGACGCAGAGAACGAGUCUCUGCUAAGCGACGCCAGUGAUCAGGUGUCGGACAUAAAGAGCGUGUGCGGCCGAGAUGCCUCGGACAAGAAAGCCAUCCCUCCCCACAAGCUUCCAAACGAAGCGCACAACUGCAUGGAUAAAAUGACAGCCGUCUACGCCAACAUCCUGUCUGAUUCCUACUGGUCGGGCCUGGGCCUGGGCUUCAAGCUGUCCAGCAGCGAGAGGCGGAACUGCGACACCCGAAACGGCAGCACCAAGGGCGAUUUUGAUUGGCACCAAGAUGCCCUGUCCAAAAGCCUGCAGCAGAACCUGCCUUCUCGGUCCGUCUCCAAACCCAGCCUGUUCAGCUCGGUGCAGCUGUACCGGCAGAGCAGCAAGAUGUGCGGGGCCGUGUUCACCGGGGCCAGCAGGUUCCGCUGCCGGCAGUGCAGCGCCGCCUACGACACCUUAGUUGAGCUGACUGUGCACAUGAACGAAACAGGCCACUAUCAAGAUGACAACCGCAAAAAGGACAAGCUGCGACCCACGAGCUACUCAAAGCCCCGGAAAAGGGCUUUCCAGGACAUGGACAAGGAGGACGCUCAAAAGGUUCUGAAGUGUAUGUUUUGUGGCGACUCCUUCGACUCCCUCCAAGAUUUGAGUGUCCACAUGAUAAAAACAAAACAUUACCAAAAAGUGCCUUUGAAGGAGCCAGUACCAACCAUUUCAUCGAAAAUGGUCACCCCUGCAAAGAAACGUGUUUUUGAGGUGAAUCGGCCGUGUUCCCCCGAUUCCACCACAGGAUCGUUUGCAGAUUCUUUCUCUUCUCCGAAGCACGCCAGCUCACAGCUGUCCUCCAACAACCGCUACGGCUACCAGAACGGCGCCAGCUACACCUGGCAGUUUGAGGCCUGCAAGUCCCAGAUCUUAAAGUGCAUGGAGUGCGGCAGCUCCCACGACACCUUGCAGCAGCUCACCACCCACAUGAUGGUCACAGGUCACUUUCUCAAGGUCACCAGCUCUGCCUCCAAGAAGGGGAAGCAGCUGGUGUUAGACCCACUGGCGGUGGAGAAAAUGCAGUCGUUGUCAGAGGUUCCGAACAGCGAUUCUCUGGCUCCCAGGCCAUCGAACAACUCAGCCUCUGACUGUACAGCCUCAACAACCGAGUUAAAGAAAGACAGUAGAAAAGGAAAAGCAGAGGAAAGCAACAAGGACGAGAAAGUCGUGAAAAGCGAGGAAUACGAAGAUCCCCUACAAAAACCAUUAGACCCUACAAUAAAAUAUCAAUAUCUACGGGAGGAGGACUUGGAAGAUGGCUCAAAGGGUGGAGGGGAUAUUUUGAAGUCAUUAGAAAAUACUGUGACCACAGCCAUCAACAAAGCCCAAAAUGGGGCUCCCAGCUGGAGCGCAUACCCCAGCAUCCACGCAGCCUACCAGCUGCCAGAGGGCACCAAGCCGCCUUUGCCCAUGGGAUCCCAGGUGCUGCAGAUUCGGCCUAAUCUCGCCCAUAAGUUAAGGCCGAUUGCACCAAAAUGGAAAGUAAUGUCACUCGUUUCUGUGCCCACAAACCUGGCCCCAUACACUCAAGUUAAGAAGGAGUCAGAAGAAAAAGACGAAAUCAUGAAGGAAUGUGGGAAAGAGAGUCCCCACGAAGAGGCAUCGUCUUUCAGCCACAGUGAGGGGGAUUCCUUCUCCAAGAGCGAAACGCCUUCAGAAUCCAAAAAGGCUGAGCCAUGUCCCCUGAAGGAGGAGGACAAGCUGAUGAAAGAGAGUGGUGAGAAGGAGAAGCCUCAGCUCUUGGAGCCGGCGUCUUCUCUCAGCAAUGGCUGUGCCCUGGCCGACCACAGUCCGGCACUGCCCUGCAUCAACCCGCUCAGCGCCUUGCAGUCCGUCUUGAACAAUCACUUGGGCAAAGCCACCGAACCCUUACGCUCACCUUCCUGCUCCAGCCCAAGCUCAAGCACAAUUUCUAUGUUUCACAAGUCCAAUCUCAGUGUCAUGGACAAGCCGGUUUUGAGUCCUGCAUCCACAAGGCCGGCCAGUGUGUCUAGACGCUACCUGUUUGAGAACAACGAUCAGCCCAUCGACUUGACCAAGUCCAAAAGCAAGAAAGCUGAGUCCUCACAAGCACAAUCCUGCACGUCCCCGCCUCAGAAGCAUGCUCUGUCUGACAUCGCUGACAUGGUCAAAGUCCUCCCCAAAGCAACCACCCCAAAGCCUGCCACUUCCUCGAGGGUCCCUCCCUUGAAGCUGGAAAUGGAUGUCAGGCGCUUUGAGGAUGUCUCCAGUGAAGUCUCAACUUUGCAUAAAAGAAAAGGUCGGCAGUCCAACUGGAAUCCUCAGCACCUUCUGAUUUUGCAAGCUCAGUUUGCCUCAAGCCUCUUCCAGACAUCAGAGGGCAAAUACCUGCUGUCCGAUCUGGGCCCGCAAGAGCGAAUGCAAAUCUCCAAGUUCACGGGACUCUCCAUGACCACCAUCAGCCACUGGCUGGCAAACGUCAAGUACCAGCUUAGGAAAACAGGAGGGACAAAAUUUCUGAAAAACAUGGACAAAGGACAUCCCAUCUUUUAUUGCAGCGACUGUGCCUCCCAGUUCAGAACCCCCUCUACCUACAUCGGUCACUUAGAAUCCCACCUGGGUUUCCAAAUGAAGGAUAUGACCCGCAUGGCAGCAGACCAGCAAAGCAAGGUGGGGCAGGAGCUUUCCCGGGUAUCGUCGGCUCAGAGGUCUCCGGAAACAAUAGCUGGCGAAGAGGACACAGACUCUAAAUUCAAGUGUAAGUUGUGCUGUCGGACAUUUGUGAGCAAACACGCAGUAAAACUCCACCUAAGCAAAACGCACAGCAAGUCACCCGAACACCAUUCACAGUUUGUAACAGACGUGGAUGAAGAAUAGCUCUGCAGGUAUGGGUUUGCUCCCAGGCGAUUGUGACAGUGGCCUUGCAAGGAGCUUCUUACAGGGAGAUGGGUCUGCUUAGAGGCAACUAAUAUCUCCCAAUGUCAAGCAGGACAAUAGCU